AUGCUGCACCACCCGCUCCAGCCAGGUCGGAACGAUAAAGGUCAGCUGGGUCACGGAGACACCAAGAGGCUGGAGGCCCCGAAGCUCAUCGAGGCUCUGGCGGAGCACGCCGUCGUGGCCGCCGCCUGCGGCCGCAACCACACCCUGGCACUCACAGACGACGGCACUGCGUUUUCUUUCGGUGAGAACAAGCUGGGUCAGCUGGGUCAAGGCAACCAGACCGACGCCGUCCUCAGCCCGGCUCCGAUCUCCUACAACGGCCAGCCGCUGGUGAAGGUGGCCUGUGGAGCCGAGUUCAGCAUGGUGGUGGACUGCAAGGGGAACCUGUACUCCUUCGGCUGCCCGGAGUAUGGACAGCUGGGUCACAACAGCGACGGCAAGUUCAUCGCCCGCGCUCAGCGCAUCGAGUUCGACUGCGAGCUCAUCGCCCGCCGCGUCGCCAUCUUCAUCGAGAAGUCCAAGGACGGGCAGGUCAUGCCGGUGCCCAACGUGGUGGUCCGGGACGUGGCCUGCGGGUCUAACCACACGCUGGUGCUGGACUCCCAGAAGCGGGUGUUCAGCUGGGGCUUCGGGGGUUACGGCCGGCUGGGCCACACGGAGCAGAAGGACGAGAUGGUGCCUCGCCUCGUGAAGCUGUUCGACUUCCCCGGACGCGGAGCCAGUCAGAUCUGCUCAGGAUACCAGUGCUCCUUCGCCAUCAGUGAGAUGGGCGGUCUGUUCUUCUGGGGCGUGACCAACACCUCCAGAGAGUCCACCAUGUACCCCAAAGUGGUGCAGGACCUGUGCGGCUGGAAGGUCCGUAGUCUGUCAUGUGGGAAGAGCAGCAUCAUCGUGGCGGCUGACGAGAGCACCAUCAGCUGGGGGCCCUCGCCCACGUUUGGAGAGCUGGGUUACGGAGACAACAAACCCAAAUCCUCCACCACCGCCCAGGAGGUCAAGACCUUGGACGGCGUCUACGUGGAGCAGGUGGUGAUGGGCUACUGCCACUCGCUGGUGAUCGCCAGGCAGGAGACGGAGCAGGAGCAAGAGAGACUGAAGAAGCUGCCCGAGUACAACCCCCGUACCAUCUGACCUCGGCGAGACCGGCUCAUCGGGAACACCUGGUCCGCCCGCUGGGGCCAGAGGGCGAGUUCAGGGGAGGCGCCACACAUCUCAGCCACCAGCCAACAAUUUGGACUAAUCGCAGCCGAGCCGUUGUGGGGUCCAGGUACCUCCACCUGAGUGAACCUGCAACUGUUUGCUCCAGCACUUCAGCCCUCUAGAGGCGUGCUUCCCAUUUUCUACUCAGCCAAACAUCCAUGUUCUGUUGUUCUUUGUUGCAGUCGGUAAAACUACGUCACAUUUACGGGUGCUACGACGGACCCUCGGUCUUUUCCUACUGAGGGCUUUUCAGAGACCAAUGCUCCAUAUCUGUGCCUUUUUCUACGUGUGUCCAGGAUGUGGAGGUGUGUGUUCAGAGGGUCGAAGGCCCUCCAGAAGCUCAGCCCAUCCUCCGAGGGGUCAGCCGACCUCCUGGAGGACCGGCCGCUCCUCGUUACAAUCAGGAUCUGAAUGUGAGAUUCACUCGACGGUUACAUUCCUUCUCUUCUCCAGGCGGAGUCGGCUCGCCACUAUUCCAGCGCUCAAAGCGGUUCCUCUGAACCUCUAGAACCGGUAGAUGCACUCGCUCCAUAUCUCUCCGGUGCUGGAGCUGAAGGCACGUUCUUGUUUUAAAAACAGCACGGGUGUUUCCUCCCCCCUGUUCUGCCUUCUUUUUUAUGGUGAAACUUCUCUGGGUUACUUUGUUUAGUUUUGUUCAUUGAAAUGGUCAAAUAAAGAUUCAUGUGAGUUUA